AGUCACCAACUGCACGAUCGCUGUCUGGCAGCAGUGUGUCGAAUGUUUUCGGUCCCGUUGAUGAACUGAAAUAUGCCUGGUGAGACCAAGUCUGCCUCAGGCAAACCAGCUGCCAAGGCUGGAGACAAAACCAAGGCAGCUCCUAAAAAACCUGCAGCAAAAGAUGCAAAGCCAGCAGCCAAGGAUGCCAAGCCUGCUGCUGCCAAGGACCCCAAGCCCGCUGCUGCCAAGGAGGCCAAGCCUGCUGCUGCUAAGGAUGCCAAGCCUGCUGUAGCCAAGGAUGCCAAGCCUGCAGCAAAAGAUAACAAGCCUGCGGCCAAGGAUAACAAGCCCACGCCCAAGGAUACCAAGCCUGCGGCCAAAGAUGCCAAGCCUGCAGCCAAGGAUGCCAAGCCUGCUGCUAAGGAUGCCAAGCCUGCAGCCAAGGAUGCCAAGCCUGCAGCCAAAGAUGCCAAGCCUGCAGCAAAGGAUGCCAAGCCUGCAGCCAAGGAUGCCAAGCCUGCAGCCAAGGAUGCCAAGCCUGCUGCUAAGGAUGCCAAGCCUGCUGCUAAGGAUGGCAAGCCUGCAGCCAAGGAUGCCAAACCUGCAGCCAAGGAUGCCAAACCUGCAGCCAAGGAUACCAAGAAUGCCAAGCCUGCAGCUAAGGAUGCCAAGCCCGCAGCUAAGGAUGCCAAGCCUGCGGCUAAGGAUGGCAAGCCUGCAGCAAAAGAUGCUAAGAAUGCCAAGCCUGCAGCUAAGGAUGCCAAGCCUGCUGCUAAGGAUGCCAAGCCUGCUGCCAAGGAUGCCAAGCCUGCUGCCAAGUCUGCAGCUAAGGAUGCCAAGCCUACAGCCAAGGAUGCCAAGCCUGCAGGUAAGGCAGCUACCAAGGAUGCCAAGCCUGCCUCUGCUAAAGCUGCUCCUGUUAAGGAAGCCAAAAUCGAAAAGAAGAGUAAGCCAGCCGAAGUGAAGGCUGAAAAGCCUGCUGAGAAGUCUGCAAAGAAAGCUGAAAAGCCCUCUGCUGACAAAAAGGCUGACAAACCCACUGCCAAGAAAGGUGAUAAGUCAGCUGAAAAGGUUGAUAAGCCAGCUGCUGCCAAGAAGACUGAGAAGCCUGUUGCCAAGAAGGCUGAGAAGCCUGCAGGUGACAAGAAGACUGAGAAGCCUGCUGCCAAGAAGGCUGAGAAGCCUGCAGGUGACAAGAAGACUGAGAAGCCUGCUGCCAAGAAGGCAGAGAAGCCGGCUGGUGACAAGAAGGCUGAGAAGCCUGCAAAGAGUGAGAAAGCUCCUGCUAAGGAAGGCAAGGCAGGUGCUCAGAAGAGACCAACAUCCGGUGAAGAAAAACCUGCCAAGAAAGUUGCCAAGACAGAAAAGGCUGCAGAGAAGCCUGCUAAGGCUGUCAGUGUGGCUAAGAAGGAGAAUGCUCCUGCCAAAGGAAUUGCUAAGAAGCCUGUUCCCAAGACCACAGCGGCCAAGCCAGGUGUUGCUGCUGGUUUGAAGACUUCCAAGAAGGACAAAGAUAGCAAACUCAAAGUCCCUAAGAAGAAGAAGAAAAUUGUCAAGUACUACAUUGACUGCAAACAGCCUGUAGAAGAUGGCAUCAUGACCAUCACUGAUUUUGAGCCUUUCCUGACCCAGAAGUUCAAGGUGCAUCACAGACUGAAUAACCUGGGCAAGACAGUGUCCAUUGAGGCUGGCAAGACAAAAAUAACAAUCACGGCUGUUGACUACCAUUAUUCUAAGAAGUACCUAAAGUACCUAACCAAGAAGUACUUGAAAAAGAAUAACCUGCGGGAUUGGCUGCGCGUGGUUGCUCCUUCUGCAAACAAGGACACUUAUGAGCUCAGAUAUUUCAACAUCAACAAUGAUGAUGAUGAAGAAGAGGAAGAUGGCGAUGAAUAAAUCUCCUCUCUGAUCAUG